AGUUACCAGCCACCUGUGCACGUUCCUCACAUGACAGCUCAUUGCUCUGCUUCGAACGGCUCUUCUGCCUUUGGUCUACGCGUGCCAUCUCAGCGCGAUGUGCCGCUUGGUUCCUAUGGGAGGACUGCAGUGUUGGUCAUUGACGUUCAGCGGCAAUGCUCAGUGGCUGGGGAAGGCGUGUGGGAAGCUCAUCAGUCUUCUGAGGGUUCCUACUUCUUCGCCAAGUUGAACACGGUGGUGGGUAACAUUUCGAAGCUAUUACAGUGUGCUCGGAAGGACAAGGUCAAGAACGAAGUCAUUUACACGUACAUAGAAGCUCUGACUCGUGACUGCAGAGAUGCUAGUCUCGACUACAAGUUAUCUGGAGGCCCCUCUAGGCCGCUACUAGUCCCCCAUGGGAGCCCUGGUGCCAAGAUACUCUCCCAAAUCGAACCAGAAGCUGACGACAUAAUGAUACCAAAAACCUCUUGCUCGGUUUUCCAGAGCACCAACAUUGAGUACGUCCUCCGCAACGUGAACGUGAAGCAUUUGCUUGUGGUUGGGCAGCUGACGAAUCAAUGCGUGGAGUCUUGUGUCCGAGAUGCAGCGGAUGUGGGCUUCCUGGUCACGGUGGUUGAUGAUGCCUGUGUUGCGCUCAGCGAGGUAGACCAUACCGCUGGCCUGAGGAACAUGGCUGGUUUCGCGAGGAUUAUUACGACACAUGAUGCCUUGGAAGAGCUCGAGGGAAUUCCUGUUGACGGUGUUAGUCAAGACUUUGUCAGUGCUGUUCCUGUAGCGGCUGCCUCAGUGCGAACUACUGAGGUUACGGUGUUCAACUCACUUCCUGAGAUCAAGUGUAAUUAUAAGUACUUCGUUCCCUCGAAGAUGGAGUUUUCUGCCAACCAGUUUCACCUUGGUCGGGCGCUGUUGUACGCCCUUAGGGUUAUGAAAGUGGCCAUGUUACGGUAUGUGACCUGUGAUGUUAGUGGUCAAAUCAGGAGCAAGUCGAUCGUCCUCAACGACAGCUGCACGGUGGAAGAUCUUCUGAAAGGAGUCUCCCUCGUUUCCUGCUUGAACGCCCUUCCAGUUUUUGGGGAUGUUAUUUGCGGAGAUUCCUCGGCUCAGGGUUCUCACAACUUGCUCGGGGAUUUCUCCACUCUGAGCAUAGUGCCGGGGCCGAGGAUCGAACCUGGGGUCUCUCGAGCGGCUGCUUAUGUGUAUGGCAAUUUGUUCGACCCUGUAUCCGGACGCCCUGGUGUAUGCCCACGGUCCGUGCUCAUUGAGCAAUGCCUGCGAGCUGAGAAGGAAUUCGGUCUACGUAUACAGUGCGGUGUCGAGGUUGAGUUCAUGCUCUUCGAGAGAGCUGCCAUGGCCCCUGUCGGCAUGCCGUUUAAGCCUUUAGGACGACCUUGUAAUUUUAGUGAUGAUGCCGCCAUGUCAGAGCCGCGCUUCGCAGGCUUCAUGGCGGAUCUGCUGGAGGCUUUGGAGCAGCAGCCGAAUGGUUGUCGUCCGAUUGACUCUUGCCAUGCUGAAUCCUCCUGGGGGCAAUUCGAGCUAUCUGUGAGAUACUGUGAUGAGCCAGUGAAAAUAGCGGAUUCGGUGGUGACUAUUCGCCAGACGCUGCAUAGGGUCGCAGACAAGCACGGCCUAGGACUAUGCCUUCUUCCUAAGCCCAGCGAGAUAUGUGUUGGUUCCGGCAUGCAUUCCCAUUGGAGCUUCUAUGAGGUUGGUGAAGGUGGCAAGCCAUUGAAUGGAUGUACCAAUGCAUUUGUGUCUGACAAUGGACCUUAUGGCCUGUCCGUGAAGGGGGAGCAGUUCAUGGCCGGUGUAUUGGACCACUUAUGUGCUCUUACUGCUGUGAGCAUGCCAACGACCAACUCUUUUCGACGCAUGGUCGAUGGCUUUUGGGCUGGUACUUAUCGUUGUUGGGCUUAUGAGGACAAGGAGGCCCCUGUAAGGUUGUGCGGUAUCGAUACGUUGGCGGUGAAUGCUACUGGUCUCCCCAACAAUUUCGAGGUCAAGUGUAUGGACGCCACGUGCAAUCCUUAUCUGGCCCUAGCUGCUGUGAUUUCCUGCGGUCUAGCUGGUAUCAAGACCGGAAUGCCUUUGCCAUCGCCUGUUGGGUGCGAUUUGGCUGACCGGCCGGCGCACUAUGAGUCACUGCCACGGGAUUUGGGUACAGCGUUGGACCGUUUGGAGACGGACUCUGUGGUAAGACAAGCAUUUGGGGAAAGCCUUUUCAAGAAUUUCCUCGCUGUGAAAAGAAGAGAGAUCGAGCACUUCAAGGACAUGAGUAUUGAUGAGGAAGUGAAAGCAUUGGUUGACACCUUCUGACUGUAGGCGCACUGUAGGAGCAUUUAUUCACCUAUACAUAUGCAUCUCGAACUCGUCUUUGUAGACUCUUUUAGUGUCAUCAUCGUACUGUUGGCGAAAUAACGUCAAAAUAUCACAGUUGAAACCAUAUAAUCGUUGGACAUGUCCUAUCU